AACAAGGUCAUUGGAGGGGAUCUGAAUCAGAUGCAAUGGAGAUUCCACGUUUCCAUGUCACCUUACAAGAAGAAACUCACUUCCGGUCAAACCAAUAGUCCAAACAAAACACUCUCUCCCUCCAACCAAACUAAUAACUCUAACCUCUCUAAUUGAGAUGUCAUUGUUCACUUCCCUUCUUUCAUGUCUUCUCUUUCUUUCCUCCUCUUCCUUUUACUCCUUUCAUUUCACACGCAACAUGCAAUCUUUGUCACUAAAUCUCCACCGUAUGAGCCUUUUUCAGGUUCCAGCAUUGAUACUACUUCAAAAUUUCCCAUUUCACGUACUGAAACAUUCAAAACCCAUUCCAUAUCCAGGGAGUUGGAGUCCACCAAUGUUAUUAUCAGAGGAAACGCAACUAUUCGUAGCGUUAACGGUACUUUCGAGAUGGGUUUCUUUAGCACAAAUGGGGAAUCCAAUUGGUAUUUAGGAAUCUGGUACUCUUCUAUCCCUACUCAAACACGUGUUUGGGUUGCCAAUCGUGAAAAACCCAUAAAAAAUAUCACUCAAUCUUCACUAGAAAUCACUGAAACAGGGCAGUUAGCAGUAAAGGAGUCGCUAGAUUCAGUCGUUUGGCAGAGCACCAACAGGGAAAUAGCAAAAAAGUUUGAUCUUUUAGAGAGUGGAAAUCUGGUGCUGUAUUCAUCAGAAGGGUCAAAAAUAUGGCAAAGCUUUGAUCACCCAACGGAUACGUGGCUGCCAGGGAUGAGCAUCACCGCCCAACGAUCUUUAACCUCUUGGAAGAGCUUGUUUGACCCAUCUCCAGGACAUUUCUCUUUAAGGCUAAAACCCCAAAAGUUCAACGAGUUUGAGCUAGUUUAUAAUUCAACCAAUGUGUAUUGGUUCACAGGGAACUGGACGGGGACAGCUUUCGCCAAAGUGCCACAAAUGACUAUCCCUUAUAUCUACAAGUUCCAUUUCUCUAACCCUUACUUGCCGACAGCGUCGUUUUGGUACACAGAAAGAGCGCUGGAUAACGGAUUGGGACCGCCUUUGACAAGGUUUCAGAUUGAUGUUAACGGGCAGCUGAAGCAAUUCACAUGGUCAGCACAGGCAGAGAAUUGGAACAUGUUUUGGUCAGUACCGGAGGAUAAGUGCAAAGUUUACGGUUUGUGCGGUAAUUUUGGGUCUUGUGUAAGUACAUCUUUAAAACCUUGUGUUUGUCUUAAUGGUUUUAGGCCUGUGGAUAAUGAGGGUUGGAACUCUGAGGAUUUUACUAGUGGUUGUAGACGAGAAAGUGGUGAUUUUUGUGAGGAUAAAGAUGGAUUUGAGGAGGUAGGUGAUGUAGGGUUUGAUGGAGGGACUGCGGUGUCGUUCCAAGGUACUAGGAGUACUUGUGAGAAAUCUUGUCUGAGUACAUGUUCUUGUAUUGGGUUGUAUCAUAAUGGGAGGACGAAUCUGUGUAAGAAUCUGUAUGGGUCUUUGUUGAAUUUGAGAAAUUUGAGCUAUGAUUGUAUGAAUGACGGUGUCUUUUAUAUUAGGGUGCCAAGAGGAAUUGUGAAGAAAAAUGUGUCUAAAGCCAUGGUUUUGGUUGGUAGCAUUGUUGGGUCUAUUGCAGCUUUAGGGUUCAUAGGGGCGAUUUUGUUGCUUUUGAAGAAGAGAAGUGAGAAGAAGAAUGGGAAGGAUGAAGAUGGUGUUUUUCCAGGAUUGAAUCUCAAGGUAUUCACUUACAAAGAGCUAAAUAGUCUGACUCGAGGGUUUUCAGAGAAACUGGGACAUGGUGGAUUUGGUGCGGUCUUUCGAGGUGAUUUAUCAGAUUCUACUCCUGUUGCUGUUAAACGCCUUGAAAGGCCGGGGAGUGGUGAGAAAGAGUUUCGGGCAGAGGUGCGCACAAUUGGCAACAUUCAACAUGUCAAUCUUGUGAGACUCAGAGGAUUUUGCUCUGAGAAUUCUCAUAGAUUACUAGUUUAUGAUUACAUGCCCAAUGGUCCACUGAGUGCAUACUUAGGCCGAGAUAGUCCUAAUUUGUGCUGGGAUGUUAGGUUCCGGGUGGCAGUUGGCACUGCAAGAGGUAUAGCAUAUUUACAUGAGGAAUGUAGGGACUGCAUCAUUCAUUGUGAUAUCAAACCUGAAAACAUUCUCUUGGAUAGUGAUUACAUGGCAAAGGUAUCAGAUUUUGGAUUAGCAAAGCUAGUUGGCAGGGAUUUUAGCAGGGUAUUAGCCUCAAUGAGGGGUACUUGGGGCUAUGUUGCCCCAGAAUGGAUAUCCGGUCUGGCAAUUACACCAAAAGCUGAUGUUUAUAGCUAUGGGAUGACAUUGUUGGAAUUAAUUGGUGGCCGCAGAAAUGUGGAGGCACCACAAUCUGCAGUAAACGCCAAUGCUUUUGGUGAGAACGGGAAUGGGGAGAAGUGGUUUUUCCCUCCAUGGGCGGCACGCCAAAUAAUCGAGGGAAAUGUGGCUGCAAUUGUGGACAGUAGACUUGAUGUAGCAUAUAAUGUUGAGGAGGCUGAGCGUCUUGCUUUGGUAGCAAUCUGGUGCAUACAAGAUGAAGAGGAAAUGAGGCCUACAAUGGGUAUGGUAGUAAAAAUGUUAGAGGGAGUGGUGAAAGUGACCAUUCCUCCACCACCAAAACUGAUACAGGCACUAGUUGCCGGAGAGUCUUAUCAUGGGGUUAGAAUGGAUUCUGGCGUGUCUACAGCUGGUGGAUGCUCAGACUUUAAAGUUGGAUUUUCAAGUGCUGGUUCACGGUCAUCUCUUGGUAACCUCUCUUCCCCGUGGGACGAGAAUUUGGAAGUCUAAUUGACAAGAGUAUUAGUUGAAUACAAAGUCAUUGUAUCUGCUUCCCUAUCUAUUUUCCAAUGUUUUUUUUUUAAUUAGCCUUUUAUUUUCAAUCUGCUUUCGUAUGUUAAAAAUAUACGAGGAGAUGCUAAUGAUCAUCAUGCAGAUGAAAAUCGAGUCACUGCUUCUGAAAGUUCUACCAUCAUGGGAUUUCAAAAUGAUUUGAAAUUCUUCUCUAUUUAAAAGCCCAAUCAAUGUAGUAGGAAAAAAACAAAAAAGCACUGCUCUUUAUAAUUCUUUCACAUGUCAAAAACUUUAGGCUUACACAGUUGAUCUGUGGAGAAACCUUGACAAUGUGGACAUGUUAGUUGGAUUGAGCUUCUCUUCCUACAGAGCCAGUUUUUUGGUCUCAACCCAAAAAAACACUCUGGGCUUGCCCACACGUUUAAUCGUUCAACCAGAAUCUUUUAGAUACGAAAUGUCAUCCAUGGGAGAUAAAGUGAGAAUGGACCAUAAAAGGAAAAUGCUCAUGUUCUUAAAAUAUGGCUGGGAAGCAAAAAUCCUUACCUCCGAAUCAAGAGGUCCCACCGGAGGGAAUUAACCCAUGUCACCAUUAUUUCAUGGAUUGCGUAGCACCAGAUCCGGAACCCCUCGAGCAAC